ACAGCCUAGCUAAUUAGCUCCUUCAUUCUUUUGCGAGCUCUGUUUAUGACAGUGAAUUCUCGCGUUUAAUCUAUAUUAUCAUUACUUUGCUUUUUUUAGAUUUGAUUGCUGGUGAUAAGGUAGUGGAUUGCAGUUGCUCAAAGUCUUAAUUUUGAGCACUUUUUCUGGGUUUGCCCACAUAAAAUAACGGUUACCCAGGAUACUUUUAGGGGUUUCAACAUCAUCUUUGCUUGAAGGCUGAUGGAUGAAGAUUCUAGUGGGGUUGCUUGAUCUUGAAAAAAAAAAUAGCUAGGUUGCUAGCUCCUUGGUUGCAGCUGGCGGCUGUGCGUGGUGAGAAUGCUUUGUGGUGGGGUUUGGAUUAGAAAGAGAAAGAUAAAAGGAGAGUGAGAGGCCUGUAGUGGUGUUAUAUAUGCUGAAGGCUAAGAGGUUAAAGAUAAGGCCCAGUGGAAGUGGAAGAGAUAAUAGUAGUACGAGUUGUUGUGGUGAAGCUUGUGACUGUUGCAAAAACAGCGCAAGAAGAGAGAAACUUAGCAUCAGAUGUUAUCCAUUGAAAACCCUUCACCAGAUCCCCCAUGUUCUUGCCAAUUUCCUCAACUAAAUAGUAGUAGUGAUGAGAGGGCUUCUCAAAAGCUUUCCUUGACAGAGGUAGAUCUACCAAACCCACCCGUCGAUCAUCAUACCCCACUUUCCAAUUUCUCCAUAAGAGAUUAUGUAUUUACAGCCCGGGAUAAAGAUAUCAAGAAGAAUUGGCCUUUUUCUCUGAAAAAUUUGCAGCUUUGUUUGAAACAUGGCGUGAAGGAUGUGUUACCACCAUUUCAGCCUCUUGAUUCAGUAAGGAACCAGUCACUUAAGAGAUGUACGGUAGAAAUCACUCCACUUGAGAAGCAAAACUCUAAAGAUUUUGCUAAGGAGCCCUCUAGGCCUGAAAAUCAUGUGGUACUUGACUUAUCUGAUGAUGCCCAGUUGAAUAAUAAGAUAGCAGAAUCUUGCAUAGACAUUAGUUCAUGUAGAUCUGGAGAAGAUAUUAAUUUUCCAUCCACAGCAACAAGUGUGUCUCAAUCUGAGAUAGAGUCACUUCCUGAUAACAGGCAAUCUAGCUCACUGUUACAAACUGAGACUUGCAAGAAAAUCUCAGUUGCAGUCAAGGCUGCGGGACCUUCUGGGAACAACAAGACUGAGAGUACCUUCCGGCCAUUGAGCAAGAAGUGCAGGUUGAUAGUGAAAUUUGGUGGCAACUCAGAUCGCAACUCAACUGAAGAUAUAGCUUCUAAUUCUACUACUGUAUCAGAAACAAUAAUGGCUUCCAAAGUUUGCCCUGUUUGCAAAACUUUUUCAUCCACAUCAAACACUACCUUGAAUGCUCACAUCGAUCAGUGCCUUUCUGUGGAGUCAACGCCCAAAUGGACUGCUGAUUCUAAGCUAAUAAGACAUAGGAUUAAGCCGAGGAAGACAAGGUUGAUGGUAGAUAUUUAUAUGACUGCUCCACCAUGCACAUUGGAAGAACUUGAUCGAAGAAAUGGUACGAAUUGGGCCACAGCUUCAAGUUUGCCUACUCAGGAAACCGAGAAAACUGAGACUACAAAUGAAGGGAAAAAGCAAAGGGUGUCACAGAUUCAUCCUGAGGACGUUGGUGAUGUAGGUCCCGUUUAUAUUGAUGCAAAUGGUACCAAACUUAGGAUUUUAUCCAAGUUUAGUGACCAACCUUCAGUUUCAAAAGUAGGGAAGGAUGUUGGAGCUAGGAAACCUUUUAAAGGAGACAAAGGAAUCAAAUACAUUUUAAAAAAGAAGAAAAAAUGGCUCGCACAAAAACAUCAUAAGUAUAUGAAGCUUGCUCCUCAAAGCAAGAAAAUUUUCUCCCACAAGGCCCAUGGCUCCCAGAUUUCUCGAGGUCAAGAGGAAUGUAAAGGAGAGUCUAGAAGUAGUGAGAAAGAACAUGUAAUGUCAAAACAAGCCAAAUCCAGUGAUUCCAGGACUCUAAGACCAUGGGUUUGCUCCAAACGAAGAGGUUUUUCAAAGAAGAUUACUAGUCAGGAGGACCAUCAACCUGUGAGAUGUAAUUGGCAUUUGCUUUCUGAGAGGAAUCAUGUUCAGAAAUUUACCAAUCAGUCUGAGAAUCCUGUAUCUUCUUCUGGAAACAAUGGGAGGAUGAAGUCAUUUCAUAAAGUCCUAGUUAGCAACAAGAAUGAGCAGUCUCCUGGUAGAAAAGGGGUGGGUAAUUUCUCGUUGGAAGGCAAGACCAGUGACAAUGUGGAGAGCUUUUCUCCAUCAAUGAGAGCAAAUUCCAAUCAACUGGACAAAAGUGGAACUCCUGUGCAUUCAAGUUGUAUGCCAAGGCCUUUAAACUCUACCAGGAAUUAUGCAUCUUCGCUGAGCAAGAAGACGGCUAAUACCCAUGAAGAUACAACUGAUAAUGCAGAUAUUUAUUGUGUUGCUAGCACAAAAUCUUCACGGAAUGCUCAUGCAAUUGUAACUAAAGCAAUGGAAUUCUCCUCUAGAAAUUUCAAAGGCCUGUCUUCUGUGACUGAAUCUGUGCCCGGUAAAAUUAAUAAGUGUUCAGCCAUUAAAAAGUCUAGAGCAUGUUUCAUGAAAAAAAGAGACGAAGGGGCAGUGACUUGGCAUUCUGAAGUUGAUCAACAAUAUGAUUUGAUCCAUGGAGAUGCAGAAAAUCAAGUUGAAAGCGAAGAAAUAGCUGAUGAGGAGUCUCAUGAGAGAAGCCUUGCCCUGGAAACUAGGCAAGCAAGAGGAUUGUCAUGUAUUUCCCAAGGGGAGAAAGCAUUGGCUUUGAGGAGCUCAAUAUCUGCAACUUCAUGUUAUGAUCGUGAUGUUCAGGUAAAUGCAGAUUCUUCAGUUGGAAUUGGUGAUGAUUUGCUACAGAAAGUCGAUUAUGUAGGCUCUGGUAGAGAACAGGUUCAUAUCUAUAUGGAUGACAUUGUUGUUGAGCCAUCUUCUAAGACUUAUGAUGGCAGGAACUCAAGCAGCAUAAUUAAGUCGGUAGACUCAGAAUUUUACAAGCUCAGUAAUUCCUCGAAGGUCCAAUCUAACUCUUUUCGAUCUUUUGAAAAUUACGGAGGGCUUUUAUGUAGGAAUGAAGUGCCAAGAGGUCCAACUGAGUCUGAUUUUGUCAAUGACCGAGAGAUAUUUUCUGCUGAUGAAGCUGGCAAUGAUAUGGUGGGACAAGAUGCUGAUAUAGGGGUGGAGUUGGAUUCAGAAGCUGGGCAAGGCAGCUCUUUUCCGGAUGUCGAUCCAAUACCUAUUCCAGGACCACCAGGGUCAUUUUUGCCAAGUCCUAGGGGCAUGGGUUCAGAUGAUUUUCAAGGAAACUCUUCCCUUACCACAAGCCGGGUUCAUUCUUCUCCAGAUCAACACGACGUUGUUGAUGGAGAUUCGUCUGAUUCACCAAUAUCUGCAGCAUCCACUAUCUCUAACUCCACAGCUGGUAGAUCUGAUUUCAAUUACACUGAACCAUCAUCAUCAGUGGAACCUUGUAUUAUUCAAGAGAAGAUUAAGUCAACAGGUGCUAGUGUUGAGCCUUCAGUACAAAGUGCUGGUACUGUUCCACAGGCAACAGGUGCAGACGUGGAAAGAACUACUUUUUAUGGAGAAUAUAUGAAACAAGAUAGGAUCUAUAUUGAGAAGCGCUUUCUCAAUUUCAAGAAUGAUCAGCCAUGCUGUUGCCAAAAGAAGGAGAGAUUUUCUCAGGGUGUUGCUUUAAAUUUUCAAGAUUCCCAGCUAUUAAGACGACUGAAAAUGGAUUCAGUGACUGUUCCUUCUAGCAGAAAGCAUAUGGAUUUCAAUUCCAACUUAAGGCCUGCAGAUUUGGAUGUGAGGCCUGAAUUAGCUUCUCCAAGCUGUUGCACAAAUUCAGGAUCCGAGAAGGUGAUUCUCCCAGGCAUUAAGCCCCUUGCAGGUCCCAUUUCUUAUAAGGAUUCUCCCAAUUCAGGAGUGAGAUUUUUAGGUCAUGCUGAUUCUGAUUCUGCUAGUCCAUCUGCUUCCAAUCUUAUACUUCGGCUGAUGGGAAAGAACUUAAUGGUGGUUAACAAAGAUGAAGGUACUUCUGUGCCACUUGGGGGUGUCCAACCAUGUGCGCAGAAUAACCAUCAAACUUCUCCAUUUCUGACUUUUUCCAGAGUCUCUCCUGGCAAUGUUCAGAAUCAGGACUGCCACCCCUUACAUCAUAUGGGCUGCCAAGGUUCUGUCAUCUUUAGUGAGAACUCACAUAAAGUAGGUCGAGGCUUUGAUGGGGGGUUGUCGAACAAUUUUAGAAGCCAAUCUGAUUCAAGGUUACCUGUACAUGUCCGACUACCAGCAGGCAUGUUUCAAGACCAACAUACAGAUUGCAGUUUUGCAACAUCCAUGGAGUGUCAUGAGUACAAAGGUGAUUACAAUAUUUCAAGCCAACAUAAUAGGCUAAAGAACAGACUAAAUGUGUCGCCUACAGAUAAUGUGGAGAAAGUUAUAACACCACCUGACCGCCAUUGUCAGUGUACAGAUUCCUCCACAAAUCCAGUAAAGGAAAUCGUCAUCAUUGAUGACGUCCCUGCUACUGAAAAUGUUGUGUUCAGGGAUGUUGCGAAGUAUACUGAAGGUGGGAGGGGAAGUCAGGUUAUUACUUCUGGCUUCUCAAUUCCAACAGCUCCAAAUUAUAACCCAAAUUGUGUGCUUCCUUUUUCUUGUUAUCAGUCACAGGAACAUCCUUUCGUUGGUGAAUCACCUAUCGUGUGGAACACUGGCUUUCAUGGAACCCCCACAAAGCUAAGCAACUCAGGUCCCGUUAGUUGGGGAUGUACUUCAGAAGGUUCUGGGGUGCUGCAGCAUAGUCCUUUUACAUCUGCAUCAUCCUCACCUGGUCAUCUAAGAUCUGCGGCACUGCAUUAUUCUCCAGGCUUUUCAUAGUCAAAGUACUUUGGCUUGCAUGGCCAUUUCUGCAACAUUGUGCUUCGAUGAAACAAGUAGAGGACUUGAGCUUCUAACACCGACUACCAGGUGUCAGGGUUUGAAAAUGGCUCUAUAGCAGAAAAAAUGGCAGUUCGUUCAAAGACAGCCUGCAUAAGCUAUAAGCGGCUGGGGACUUGCAGAAACGUUUGUAUUCAUUUCUAAUCCACUGAAUGCUGAGUCACAUUUUAAGCAGUUUUUUAGGGUUCUGCUUAGGCAAUCUAAAAGUUUCCGAAAGAUUGGAUAAUGUAUAAGAAAUCCUUGAAUAAUAGUUGACAAGGAACCUUGGCUGAAAGACAAGAAGUCAAAUGUUCCUAUAAAGAAGUUCCCUUCUCACCUUUAUUUUUCUUUUUAUGUUAUGUCAUUUUUACAUUAUACCUUUCAUCUGAGCUAAAGCCAAGUAUUGCCAUAAAGA